AUGAAUGACAAACUAGUUGAACACUUUGGAAAUUUGCAAAAGCUUACAAAACUGACAUUAAAGACUUCACAGAAUAUUCUAUUUAGCUGCAUAGGCUUUCAUCUUCUUACUUUAUUAAAUCAACAAGCUAUCUUCACACUUUGCUUCACCCCAUUAAGCAUUACAAAUGAAUUUUAUAGCUUAAUCAAAGACAAGGCUUAA